UGCUUCUCCCGUCAAGUUUCAUUUGAGAGUUGCGAUUGUCAUCAAUUGCGUGUUUUCUAGUAAAACCUAAUAGUGAUGUUCGUCUCUUUACGUUUAUUUCUUUCUUAAUUUUUAUAUUGGUUCCAAUAAUUUUUAAAUUUUUAUUUUCCACAGUUACUAAGUAUUAUUUAUUAUAUCUUGAUUGCCAUACGUAUAUCAACAUUUGCAGCCACUUAUAUUCACACUUCACUGUAAACUUAGUACCUAUAGUUAUCAGUCAUGGCUGAAGGAGACGAGAGCGACAGAAGACCAAAGGGAGUCGCAGCUUUAAAGCAACAUGUCGUCUCACACAAAGUGGAAGUUACGUUAUGGGCUACCAGGCUAGCUGCAAUUGUUUUUACUUUUGCUUACAUUCUACCUCUUUUCUGGAAUCCAGCUGGAGCAUAUUAUAGAAUUUUGUUGGCCAAUGCUGCUACAAGUGCAUUGCGUCUUCACCAACGUUUACCGACCUUGACAAUUUCAUUACAGUUUCUUAUGCAGUUGUUCAAAGAAGACAGCUGCCACUAUUUACUAUACUCGCUGAUAUUUUUAUAUUCAUCGCCUAAUAUUCUCAUUGUCUUGCCAGUGUUUUUAUUCUCGUUAAUACACUUUGCUAGUUACUCGCUGACAUUGCUCGAUCUACUUGGACAGAACGCAUGGUGGGGUGCUCGCCUAUUGAUUUCAUUGGUGGAGUUCCAAUCGCGUAGCAUCCUACGCCUUAUUGCCUUUUCUGAAAUACUAGUCAUGCCCUUGACAUUGAUCAUGUCAUUCUUUGGUCGUUCAGGAUUGUUAACAAUUGUGGUUUACUAUCACUUUUUGACAUUACGAUAUGCAUCACAACGUAACCCACACACCAGACUCAUGUUUAGUGAUCUGAGAGUUGCUGCUGAAAAUUUUGCUAACAAACCUGGCACACCAAGUUUCUUGCGAUCAGCUGUUCUAUCGGGAAUUGCUACUAUCAGUCGGAUGGCUCCAGCAGUACCCCACAGUCAAUAACCUGUGACUUAAUCAAGUUUUUUUGUAUUAUUAUUGGAUUUUAAUUGCAUUUUUUCAUUGAUUUGUCUAACACGUGGUUCUGUAGACAUAGAAUUUGGUUUCCUUUGUAGACAUAUACCAAACACCAUAUACAUAUAGGUUUGGUAAUUUUGAUGUUUUUUUUUAUAUAAUUAUUUUGGUUCCGGUUUUUCUUUUUUGUAUUAAAAAAUAUAAUAAAUAAAUACUAUUAUUGUUUCCAUUUGAAAUUAUCUUCUUUAUUGUGGCAUUUUUAGAUAAACUGGCUUCUUUAUUAAACUUAAAACAAUAAAUAAUUUGUAAAGAAUGCAAUUUUUUUUAAUGUUUUGUUUAACAUUUUUCUAUUAAUUGGCAAUCUAUAAAAAUUAUAAUAACUGUAUGUUUAUAACUUAUAUGUUAAAAUGUAUUCUCUGUCUACUAAUUCUUGAUUUUUGUUUUAUUAUGCUGUACAAAUAUUGAUUCAAAACUAGAAACAAAGUAGUACUGCAACCUUUUAGAUAGAUAUUUUUAAGGACUGUGACUACUGCUGGAUACUUAUUUUAUCUUAAUCUUAAUUAAUAGUUUUAAUGAAUAAAAAUUAAAUUAUAUUAUAA